AAUGCCAAUGAGGUUGCAGAGAGCCAGCUGCUCCCUGGGAACAACUUCACCAACGAGUGCAACAUCCCAGGUAACUUCAUGUGCAGCAACGGGCGGUGCAUUCCGGGCGCCUGGCAGUGUGACGGGCUGCCUGACUGCUUCGACAAGAGUGACGAGAAGGAAUGCCCCAAAGCGAAGUCAAAAUGCGGCCCCACCUUCUUUCCCUGUGCCAGCGGCAUCCACUGCAUCAUCGGCCGCUUCCGAUGCAACGGCUUUGAAGACUGUCCUGAUGGCAGCGACGAGGAGAACUGCACAGCAAACCCACUGCUCUGCUCCACAGCCCGCUACCACUGCAGGAAUGGCCUGUGCAUUGACAAGAGCUUCAUCUGUGAUGGACAGAAUAACUGUCAAGACAACAGUGACGAGGAGAGCUGCGAGAGUUCCCUAGAACCAGGCAGUGGGCAGGUGUUCGUGACCUCAGACAACCAGCUCGUGUACUACCCCAGUAUCACAUAUGCCAUCAUCGGCAGCUCCGUCAUCUUCGUCCUGGUGGUGGCCCUGUUGGCACUGGUCCUGCACCAUCAGCGAAAACGGAACAACCUCAUGACCCUGCCUGUGCACCGGCUGCAGCAUCCUGUUCUGCUCUCUCGCCUGGUGGUCCUGGACCACCCUCACCACUGUAACGUCACCUACAACGUCAAUAAUGGUGUUCAGUAUGUGGCUAGCCAGGCCGAACAAAACGCCUCAGAAGUAGGCUCUCCACCCUCCUACUCCGAGGCCCUGCUGGACCAAAGACCUGCGUGGUAUGACCUUCCUCCUCCACCCUACUCGUCCGACACCGAGUCUCUGAACCAGGCUGACCUGCCUCCUUAUCGCUCCCGCUCAGGAAGUGCCUACAGUGUCAGUGCGGGCUCCCAGGCGGCCAGCAGCCUCCUGAGUGUGGAAGACAGCAGCCACAGCCCAGAGCAGCCUGGCCCUCCAGAGGGCCCUGCUGAGCCCAGAGACUCCGUGCCCAGGGAGGGCACUGAAGAAGUAGAAAACUAAAGUGAUUCCAAAGUCCAUGUGGGUAGAUCUGCUCCACCUUGUUGAAUUCUAACAACAGCCUGUGCUCAUGAGACGCUCUUUGAGCUCCUUUUGAGGAUGUCUCAAGUUGAAGUUUGGGGUGCUGAUUGCUCUCCAUCACCAUCUCUUCCUUCAGAUUUCAGGGAUGUUCCUUGGAAUGACCUGGCACUCCUCUGCCCUCUUAGUUGACAUGCUGUGUUGUCAUCAUGUAUUCUGUGAGGUCGCUGUUCUUCAGGGCCUACGAUUAUAGCCUCCUGCUUCAGAUGACUGUGCUACCGUUGGUCCAUCCAGUAGGAUUGUGACUGGGCAGGCAGCAGGGUGAAGCCAUAUGGAAGUGUCUUUGUCAAGGAUCUGGGGCCACGUUGCUCAUUCAGGUGAGAAGACACCAGACCAGGUCUCUUCUGGGCUGCCACCUUAUAGCUACAUUUGGAGACUGGGGUUGGAGGAUGCUGCCAGAAGGUCAUCAUCACAGGGCACUCCAGAAGUGUCCAGGGGAACAUCAAAUCCCACCUUGUACUGUCCUGUUCAUCGUACUUACUGCAGCAAAGGCCAAAGAAUAAUUCUGACAUGAACAACAGCUUUUGGCUCUCAGCACUCUCAUUUGGUUUUGUGACAGAUUCAGAAACAAUCUACCUGGCCUUAUAAAUUUGCCUAAGAAUCCUAAUUUGAGAGUCUUCUCUAGAAGUGCAGAUCCUCAGCAUCAUCCUUGAAAAAGUAGGAAAACCCUGCCACUGUUGAAAACCCUCAAUUCCUAAUGUAUAGGUUACCAGAGCCUGGGCCUGCCUUGACCUGAUGGUCCUUUUCCUGGCUUCUGGAUUGUCCCCUUCCAAGAUGACUUGGCAUAGCUAAGGACGAGGACCCAAGUUAAGUUGGCCCAAACUGUGAUCGAGCCCUUUGCCCCAUAAAACAGGCCCAGUCUGUUGUGCCCAUACCCGCAGCUUCAGGCUCCUAAGUUCCCCCAACACCUGGCAGUCUGUUUCCCAUGUGCAUUUGGACUUAAGGAUGCUCCUAGAAGUCCUAACUUAGAUGAGAACCACAUUCAGUACCACCUGUGAGAACUCUCAGGUCACUGUACUGCACACACAGACCCAGGAACAGUGCACCAAGUCAGGGUUAGGGUUAGAGUGAGGGCCAGGUCCAGCCAAACAUCCCGGCAGUUUCUCCUAUGAGAGAAGUGGGCAAUAGAUAACUUGGAGUCAAGAUUUCCCAUUGGAUUUUUUAAAGUCUCUUAGAAAUGCAUUUGAAACAGUGUGUUUGUUUUUUUCCCUUCUAGUUAAGGGACUAUUUAUAUGUGUAUAGGAAAGUUAUCUGUUUGGUUUUGUUUUUGUUUCUCUUUUGGCGAGGUCCAAAGAAAGAUGCAAAAAACAAUGCUGCCUUUCCCCGGCCCCAGCCCAUAAUGUCACCUCAGACUCACCUACAUGCCCAGCAUUUACAUUGGGGCAUCUUGGAGUCACUAUUUAUCGAGUUCUUGAAAAAUGCAGAGGGACAAGUCUCCCAACCAUUGUCUGUAUGUUUAAACUACCUUUCCUCUCUCUUGAUGCCUAGCCAGCCCUAGUGCAUGACACCACCACCCACCCCCACCAACCAGGCAAUAAUGGGUAAACCAUACUAACCAGGGACAAAACUGGAACCAGGUGAUGCCACCUCAGGCAGCUGCCACCCAUUCAAAGCAUUUUUCCACAGCUGACGAAACUUUCAAUAACCUGUUCGAUGCUAAUUAAAAUGGAGCCUGCAGGAAGCAGGGACGACGUGGCCUUCAAUGAUGCUGUUCUGUUGACUUUCCUUUUUAAAUAAAUCCAAACUAGACAGCUGGAAAGCUAGCCACUUGGGGUUUUGUUUGUUUGUUUGUUUUUGUUUUGCUUAAAUAAGCCUAGCUGCUUGUAUCUUUCAUUUUUAAAAUAGAAAUUGAAGGGGUGUGUGUGUGUGUGUGUGUGUGUGUGUGUGUGUGUGUGUGUGUGUAACCCAGUGAAGAAAGAACUGGGUGACAGACGGAGCUUUCCUGGCUGUGCGUCUCAUCCGGGUGAGUCAGUGGCUCUCUCCUCCUUUGAUGGGUCCCUGCUUCUUUUUGGUGCUCUGAAAGUUGUCUGGAGGAAAGGAUUCUAAUUUUAAUUAACUGAGCAGUGAGCUAAUCUCAUGAGCUUUCUGCUUCAAGGCAUUUUAGGAAAAACAAAUGGUUUUAGUAGAUAAGGGGAGCCUAUUAAUGUUGUUUGUUUUUUGUUUUGUUUUUUUCCAAACAAACACAGUAACAUUUUUACUGUAUAUUUGAUUUUUAAAAAUAAUAAUAAUAAUAAUAGUAAUAAUAAAUAAGAUAGCAAAGCUCUGGGCCUUGAGUUUUUUUCCCCUUUCUUCUCAAGAUACCAAGUAAGUGGCUAGCAAAAUUUUUUUAAAUUCAUUCCAGCCAGGAUUUUUUAAAUACACCAGCCAGAAAAAUGGUCUCCGCUGUGUCUUCUCCGUGUGACCCGCGCUUCGUUUUGACACUACACUCGACUCACUGUGAUUGGAAACUCACUGCCUGACUUAACUGCCUCUUCCUUGCAAUUGACAAUGUUUUUGAAAUUCAACUAAGUUGUUAAUAAAUAGUGUGUGAUAUUCAAAAUUAAUGUAAACUGGAAGGUUUUAUGUGGUUGCUUUUUUUGGUUUGUUUGUUUUUUUAAUUUUUAUACUCAAAUAAACUUGCGGUUUCAUUCUU